UCUUCGGGACCGUGCGUGACGGACGUAAUUUAUUUGUCGUGUACGGCGACCAAUAUCUGAACGUCGUCGCGGCAUUGCGCUCGAUUCAAACCAAAUAACGAAUACGUACCCUUGAGAUGGCAGUAAUGUUUACAGGCAGGCGGUCGGGCGCACUUGAGACUGCCGUUGACGUUGACGUUAUAAACUGUCACACUUCACCCCCGAACAAUUUUUUAAGCUUUUACUUUACUUCGACAUAUCGGCAUUCGGCAACAGUCCAGUGGUCCCGGUGCCUGGCGUUAGAUCUCUGUUGUAAUUAAAGUGAAAAAUAUUAUAAAAAACGAUGGACCGUUUUUGCAGUUAUUGUGGGGCAAGGAGACAACUGGAGUUUGAUCGUCCAUUGGAUCGCUGUAGCAAAUGUGAUAAAUUCCCAUUUAUAUUAUCGCACGAAGUAAAGUCAGCGUCGGUAUUGCGGUGUUCGGUGUGUACUGCUUAUAUCUGCGCGAUAAACAGAUAUUGCGAAAUAUGUGGACAUACGGUGGAAAACAGCAAACGGAUAAGGGGCGAAAGAGCUGGACAAAUGCAAAUGGCAGGAAAAAUUCAGGCGAAAAAAAUGGAAGCUAUCGAACGGAGAAAAAGACGAAAACUGGAAGCUGAGUGUUCAUCGUUCAGUGCCUCAACCCCAUCCACAAUGACAUCACUUUCGCCGUCAAAAAAGUCAUCAUCUAAUCCGUUAUCAUUUUCAUCCAACGAUGAUGAUGAUGUAGACAAUUUGUUGUCGCAAAUACCGGAUUCGGAAUUGUCGCAAAUACAGGAUUCGCAAAAACCGGAUUCGGAAUUGUCGCAAAUACAGGAUUCGGAAGCAAACCCAGAGUGAAUCUAUAAUAUGUAAUUAUAAUUAGGUAGC